GUCUUCUUUCACUCGUCUUGCCGGAAAAAAAAAAUUGAUGUAAUAAUGUCCGGCGACAACCCAAUUCGAAUCGGACUCUUAAGCUGCACCAAAAUCGUCCGUAAACUCUCUCGAGCCAUCAACCUCUCUCCAAACGCUACUAUCUCCGCCUUAGCCACCUACACCAGCUCCAUCGAAGAAGCUAAAUCGUUUGCUGAAUCUAACAACUUUCCUCCGAACACGAAGAUCCACGGCUCCUACGAGUCGCUUCUAGAAGAUCCUGAUGUAGACGCCGUCUAUUUACCUAUUCCGGCUAGUCUCCACGUGGAGUGGGCUGUACGCGCCGCGAGGCAGGGUAAGCAUAUACUUCUUGAUAAGCCUGUUGCUUUGAACGUCUCUGAGUUUGAUCAGAUUUUGGAAGCUUGUGAGGUUAAUGGUGUUCAGUUUAUGGAUGGGACUCAGUGGAUGCAUAAUCCUAGAACUGCUAAGUUCAUGGACUUUAUAAAGGAUUUUGAGAUUAAAACUGUGCAUAGUUGUUUCUCAUUUGCAGCAAACGGAAACUUCUUAAGAAAUGAUAAUCGUGUGAAGCCUGGUCUUGAUGGGCUUGGAGCUCUUGGUGAUGCUGGAUGGUACACAAUCCAAGCAGCUCUUGUUGCCAACAACUUCAAACUUCCAAAAACCGUCACUGCCUUGCCCGGUCCUGUCUUAAACGAUGCGGGAAUCGUUCUUUCUUGUGGUGCAUUGUUCGAUUGGGAAGAAGAAGGGAUUACCGCGACGAUCUACUGUUCCUUCUUGGCAAAUCUAACGAUGGAGAUAACCGCGAUCGGUGCGAAAGGUACGGUCAGUGUUCACGACUUUGUUAUCCCGUAUCGGGAAACUGAGGCUGCGUUUACUACAAGCAGUGGAGGUUGUUGUCUUAGUGAACACAAAGUCAUGACCGAGCUUCCACAAGAGGCGUGUAUGGUGAUAGAGUUUGCUCGGUUGGUUGGAGAAGUCAAAAACAGAGGAGCUAAACCGGAUGGGUUUUGGCUGAGCUUUAGCCGGAAGACGCAGCUGCUUGUUGAUGCCGUGAAAGAGUCGAUUGAUAAUAACCUUGAACCGGUUAUUCUCUCCGGACGGUAAAGAAAGAGCUCAGAUACUCAAAGAACAAGAUGCGUUUGAGAAGAUUUUCCUGCAUUAUAGUGGACCGUAAGGAAAUUUGCUUCAGGUAUAAUAACUAAAAGGAUCUCUGAGGUGAUUCUCGAUAUGCAGAGUGCAACAGAUGAUGGUUGAUGGGCGACAAAUAUUCACAACCCCUACAAGAAAGACAAAGGGAGAUGCGGAAAACAUUUCCUAGCAAUUCUGAAAACGAUCUUGUGGGGUUGGAGGAGAAUGUUAAGAUAUUAAUUUGGUGGAGGAAGGUAGCAAUCAAAUAAUUUCUAUAACUGGGAUGGGUGGUAUUGGUAAAACUAUUCUGGCUCAACAAGUUUGUUUAAUCAUGAGAUGGUAAAAAUUCAUUUUAAUGGAGCUGCGUGGGUGUGUAUAGCAAAAGAGUGUUUACAACGAAAUAUGUGUGGCAGACGAUUUUUUGCAGAAGCUUAGUCCAAAACAUGAUGAGCAUAGAGACGCAUAUAUGACUGCACAAGACAAACUAUCUCAACUGUUGUAAACCAGUAAUUGUUUGAUUCUACUUGAUGAUAUGUGGAACGAAGAAGACUGGGAAGACGGUGAGGAUAAUAAAAAAUAUAUCAGUCCAGAAUUAGGCUGAAAAAGAAAAGAAAGAGUGAGAGAGAAGAUGAAGAAAACAGAAACUCAAGAGGUUAUCUUGCAUAAACAGAAUUCAAAGCUUCAACAAAGAUGGAUUGAGAUGAAGGCUGAUGCCAAGAACAAACUGUGAAGUGCCAAACCAAGAGGAAGAAAUCUGUGCCUGAAGCAGAACAAGGAAGAAGGCACCAAUGCAAGCUUGGUUGCAGCAUCCAAGAUGAAAUGUAGGCAAUGAAGCCUUGCAUCAAAGAGGAAGCAAAUGAAGGUGGCAGCAAUGGUGUUGACAAGCUCCAAUCCUUUGAACCUGAAAACGACAAGGAGAAACUGAGGGUUCAAGGAACGACUACGGUUAAGAGAAAGCCGAGGUGAUGCAUGGUUCAAGUCAAAAGAGUCCUAAGCUAAAGCAAAGGAGGUGAUAGUUCCGAGAAUCGCAAAAGAGAAAGCUAUGAUAAGUACAUAAUGCAUAACCUGAAUGUUAAUGAUUUAUAUAUACCUUGUGAUAAUUAAGGUUGAAGAAGCAAUUGCAGAUA